UAGUGCGGCUUUGAGUGCUGCUACCUAUCAGAGGCUCAAAUGGGCAGAGGCUAGUUAGCUUGUCAGGUGGGCGCUGGUAAGUCAGCUAACUUGCAGGAAAGCAGCAUUGUACUCAGUCCUGUGAGGAAAUGGUUGUAACGCAGACGGCAGCCAACACGAAGCGGCUAGCGACAGUCAAGUGAAGUAACGUAGCAGGUCGUUGCUCGGAUUGUUUUUUAAUUAGCUUGGUUUAGCUAACGCGGAAAGCGUCUGCACACAGUAAUCAAUGGUUAGCAUAACGGACACAAUACUGUGCUCAUUUUAAAAGGCAUUUCUUCCCCAGUAAAGGAUGUCUAAACGCCUGCGGAACACUGAGGUGUGCGCAGAUUGCAGUGUUCCAGAACCUCGCUGGGCCUCGGUGAACAGGGGUGUGUUGAUUUGUGAUGAGUGCUGCAGUGUUCAUCGAAGUCUGGGCAGACACAGCUCCCAAGUCCGCCACCUGACGCACACACCAUGGCCUCCCACACAACUGCAGAUGGUGCAGACAUUAUACAGCAAUGGUGCAAAUUCAAUAUGGGAGCACUCCCUCCUGGACCCUGCGUCUGUGAUGAGUGGAAAACGCAAGGCCAACCCUCAGGACAAACUCCACCCAAACAAAUCAGAGUUUAUAAAAGCCAAAUAUCAAAUGCUGGCGUUUGUCCAUCGCAUGCCUUGCCGGGAGGAUGACAGCUCAACAGCCAAGGACUUGAGCAAGCAACUUCACUCAAGUGUACGCACCGGUAACCUCGAGACUUGUUUGAGGUUGCUGUCUCUGGGAGCACAAGCAAAUUUUUUUCACCCUGAAAAAGGAAACACUCCCUUGCAUGUAGCUGCAAAGGCCGGACAAGUAUCUCAGGCUGAACUAUUAACUGUUUAUGGGGCAGAUCCUGGAGCCCCAGACAGCAACGGCAAAACUCCCGUUGACUAUGCAAGAGAAGCUGGCCAGCAUGACCUGGCAGAUAGGCUGGUGGAGAUUCAGUAUGAGCUGACUGAUCGCCUGGCAUUUUACUUGUGUGGGAGAAAACCAGAUCAUAAAAAUGGUCAACAUUUCAUUGUUCCACAAAUGGCUGACAGAUGGACCAGGAACGUCAGUUUAGAUUUAUCAGAACUGGCAAAAGCAGCAAAGAAGAAACUGCAGUCUCUCAGUAAUCAUUUAUUUGAGGAGCUGGCUAUGGAUGUGUACGAUGAAGUGGACAGACGGGAGACGGAUGCAGUGUGGUUGGCUACACAGAAUCACAGCACUCUGGUGACAGAGACAACUGUGGUUCCUUUCCUUCCUGUGAAUCCAGAGUAUUCAUCAACGCGAAACCAGGGACGACAGAAACUUGCAAGAUUUAAUGCACAUGAAUUUGCUACUCUGGUGAUCGACAUAUUGAGCGACGCAAAGCGCAGACAACAAGGGAAUUUAAUGGCCAGCCACAAAGACAAUGUUGAACUCAUCCUGAAGAACGUGGGUGUCAGACAUUGUAGUGAUAGCCAGGACAACGACCAGCCUGACUACGAUAGCGUAGCGUCCGAUGAGGAUACAGAUCAAGAGCUUCCCUCAAGCAAAGGGGAUAGGACCAAGAGCCUGGACUCUGACCUCUCAGAUGGCCCUAUUACUAUGCAAGAAUACAUGGAUGUGAAAAACGCACUCUCUGUGUCCGAAGCCAAGAUCCAGCAGCUCAUGAAAGCCAACAGCAACCUGAGUGAUGAGCUGAGGCUGAUGCAGAAAAAGCUUCACUCUCUGCAAAGCGAGAACUCGUCUCUCAGGCGGCAGGUCACAACCAAUAUCUAUCAGAUCCCCAGCGGUACAGACUACCCCGACCCCUCCAGCCCCUCAGCCCUGAAACGCCGGCAGUCUGCGCGGGCCAGUCGGCCCAUGUCUAUGUAUGAGACCGGCUCAGGCCUGAAGCCCUAUCUCCCUAAAGGGGAAACUCCCUACCCAGAGGAGGGUAUCCCCACCCUGCAACCCUUCCCACCUCAUACGGAAAGGGGCGCUUUUGUGACCACCUCUUCAUCCCUCCCCUCAUUUCCAUCCACCCUGUCUUGGUCGAAGGACGACAGUGCUCAAAAGGCCUCAAAGUUUGAGAAGCAAAGCAGCAUGCCAGAAAGUGACUAUGACAACACGUUCAAUGACUCUGAAAUGGAUGAUUCAGGUUUUUCCAGGAGAGGGAGGCUGAGGAGUAGCGGCUGGCUGGGAGAAGGCAGCUCCAUCCCUGAGCUGGAUGACCUGGAGAUGGAGUCAGACCCAACACUUCCCAGCACCGAGGACGUCAUCCGCAAAACCGAGCAGAUCACCAAGAACAUCCAAGAGCUGCUGCGAGCUGCUCAGGAGAACAAGCAUGACAGCUUCAUACCCUGCUCAGAAAGAAUACAUGUGGCUGUGACAGAAAUGGCUGCUCUCUUUCCCAAGAAGCCUCGCUCAGAGACUGUUAGAGGCUCUCUGCGCCUGUUGACCUCCAGUGCUUGCCGGCUUCAGGGUGAGUGCCGGAAGGCGGUGCCUUCAGAGGGCGGCCCGGGACCGGACAUGCAGCUGGUCACCCAGCAGGUCAUCCAAUGCGCUUAUGACAUUGCCAAGGCAGCCAAGCAGCUUGUUACCAUCACCACAAAGGAGAAUACCAACUAAGAGCACUUACAGGGCUGUAAAAAGCCUUCAGCAUCUCAGUUUUGUUUUUAUAUAUAUUUUUAAUAUUUUGUUUUGUAUUUGUGGUAUAUGCAUGCAUCGUUUUUAAUUUAUGAAUAAGCAUUGACAAUAUUUAAAGCUGACUUUGGGUGAAGAGACAAGGGGAAAGUCUUUACUUGGGUAUAUCCAGCUAUUAUAGGAGCACAAUUUCUCUCUAACUUCCAGCAUGCAGGCUGGGGAAUGUCCUGUUUGCAGAUUACUCUUUAAUAAUGAGAGUAAACUCGCUCUUAAAUUACAAAAUACUUUAAAAAAUCCUAAUGCCACUACUUUGUAUUGAGAGAAGGAAUGAAGCACAGUACAGAAAAUCCAAAUGAUGAUACCGGUUAAUGCGAUCAGUCCAAAGCCACACAUGGAUGCUGAAAAGCCAUAAAUGUGUCAUGAAAUCAUCGUCAUUGAAUGCUAUUAUAAACACUUGUAGCUAAAGGAGCUUCCUCUCACUUAUUGCACUGUGUCAACAUCCUCAUACCAUAAAGUUUAAUAUUUAAAAACAAACUGACCAUUUAGUUAACUUCCAUGAAAUGUUGGGAACGUUGUUUAUGCACAUUUUGUAGCUCUGCAAUGCUAAUGUUUGUUGCAUUGAUAAAACUAUUUAUAUGGUCUGUCCGCUGUCCAAGUGUAAUCCAGUCUGCACUGCACUUAUUGCAGCUAUUUAUGUAUGCCCAUUUGUCAAGUCAAUGAAUGCAAGUAACAGUUGUUCAGGGGCCAAGUUAUAGUCUUCACCAGCACCGAAAUGUUGCUGCAUUAAGUUAUAAUGAUUUGGUGUGUUUCUAACAGGCUCCACGUUGCACCGUAUACUACAGUCUUGUGCGCCAUUUCCCUGUUGGUGAUGUUGAGAUAUUUAGAGCUAAUAGCCACACUGUAUGUGUGUCCAUGUGUUUUGGUCUCUGUUCCAUUGCUGCUAGUUUUGUAUUUAAUGUGCAACAUAUGGGACAGAACUCUAGACGUCUCCUGUCUUACUGUGCAACCCAAUGUUCAUCCUCAUCCAGUGUUUCAGAAUUCUUUUUGAAAUCUGAUCAAAGUUAUGUCCCUCUCUGUGCUUAAAUGGGGUGCAGGGAUGUACGUGAUGCAGCCGUUAAGCUGCACUUCGGAAAAAUAAUUAUUUUCUAAAUAAACGUAAUUUAUAAUUAUA